AUGUUCAACUUAUUCUCCGAACUCGUAACCAUGAGAUCAGCUCGAAAGAAAUAUGCCCAAACUACUGGACUUAAUCUGAAUCAACGAUUUGAUCUAUCAGUUUCCUAUGAGAUUACAAGGAGUUUUGUAUUUGGAACUUUAUUCAUUAUUUUCCUACAAGUUUUUCAAGCGAUUUUCUCAACCCUGAUUGUUUUUAAAGUUAUCAAUCUAUCUGAAUUUAUGAUUUCACUUCUCACUUUGAUUGUCCUUUUGGAAUUCUCAUUUUUCCCAUGGAUAAUAUUGAUUACAAAUCAGAGAUGGAGAAAAAGAGUUGUGUCAUUAUUUAGACGGAGAUCGAAUACUGUACAUGUUAUGGAUUUAAAGGGACAGAAUAUUUUGAAAAAUCCAACGCAGAUGGAUUAUUUUAAACAAUUGGAUGCGGCUUGGAAUGCUUGA